AUGGCCAAGAAAUUUGCCGUCAAAUCUUUAGACCAUUUGGUCCUCACCGUCCGCAACAUUCCCAAGACCGUUGCUUGGUACACUACCUACCUCGGGAUGCGCCACGAAGUCUUUACUUCGCCGGCGAACCAGAGUGUGCAAAGACAUGCGCUGAUUUUUGGCUCUCAAAAAAUAAAUCUUCACCAGUCGGGCAAAGAGUUCGAGCCCAAAGCCCAGGACGUUCAACCGGGUAGCGCUGAUCUAUGUUUCCUGACUGAUGAGGAUGUGGAAACAGUUCUGCAGGCGUUUCAAGAUGCUCGAAUUGAGAUCCUUGAAGGGGCUCAAGUAGUGGAGAGAACGGGAGCAGUUGGAAAAAUCCGAAGCGUUUAUGUCAGGGAUCCUGAUGGGAAUCUAAUUGAGGUGUCAAACUAUGCAUGA